AUGUUGCUGCUUGCAACUUACACGACCACUUUCACAGUCGUGAUGAUUGUCGCCGAACUCAAGAACGAAAAAGCACGACCGGUGACUUGCCCGCAACUAGCGAAUUCGAAAAGUGAUUCGAACCAGUGUUACUUGGCACUGGAUGAUGGAGAGGUAGACGAGUGA